AUGGCUAAGAAAGGAUCAAGUAAGACCAAAGAAGUCACUAAAAAGGCUCCAGCUCCAAAGAAGGCUGCCGAAAAGUCAGUAGAAGAAAUUGAAGCUGAUUUACAAUUACCCUCCUCAUCGGAAGAAGAAGACAGCGAAGAAGUAGAAGCAGAAGAAGAACCAUUAUCUGAAGAAAGCGGAGAUGAAGACAUUCAAGGAUUAUCCAGUGAUGAUGAUGAUGAUGAAGUAGACGAACAAAUUGAAGAACAAGCUGAAAAACCUUCUAAACAAACCUCAGGUCAUUCAGUUAUCAAGACCAUUUCAUCUGAGCAAACCUCAAAAUCCAAAUCAUCCAAAUCUAAAGCCAAAACAGGUGUUAUAUAUAUCGGUAGAUUACCCCAAGGAUUCCAAGAAAAAGAAUUAAAUGAAUAUUUCAAGCAAUUUGGAAAUAUAACCAAUAUCAAAUUAUCAAGAAAUAAGAAGACUGGGAAUUCAAAACAUUAUGGAUUUAUUCAAUUUGAUGAUUAUGAAACUGCUAAAGUUGCCAGUGAAGCUAUGAAUAAUUAUUUAUUAUUUGGUCAUUUAUUAAAAUGUGAAGUUGUUGAAAAUCCUGCUGAAAAUUUAUUUGAAGGUUCUAAUAAAAAAUUCAAAGUCAUUCCUUGGAAAACUAUCAGCAAACAUAAACAUGAUAAGCCAAAGUCUAAGAAACAAUGGGAGGUUCUAAUUAAGAAACAUGAACAACAAAAGCAAAAGAAACAACAAGAAUUGAAAUCAAAGGGUAUUGAUUUUAGUUUGUAA